GUCUGGUUCAUAUUUGAGUGGGUACCGAUCGAAUACGUUUAUGCUUGUACAUAUUGGUGUGUAAGGAUGAUGGCGUGAUCUGUACCUGAUGUCUACAAACAUGUUUGGAAAUAUGUAUAUCUCUAUGCGUUGCUCUUUCCUAACGCCAGUACGAAUCCAUGUCUCUUGUCGAUACUUUCUUUCCGUGAAUCUGAACGUUUUUUUUUUUAGAUUACAAUGGCCGAGUAUCGUCCACGUGGAGGUAACAAUCGACCUCGCGGUAAUGUCGGAGGAGAUGGUAGCUUUCCACCACUCAAUGGAAAUAAGGGUCAUCGCUCUAGUAAUGGUACUUAUCGAAAUGAUGGUCAGUGGAAGCAAAGCAAUGGGAAUGGCGGAGGAAGCAAUCGUGGUUGGAAGGAAUCUGGAGGAGGAUAUGACAACAGGAAGGAUGCCAAUGAAGGUGUGCGGAACGGAAACGGGAGACAAUUUCAUAAUGGAGGAAGAAAUCAUAAUCAAUCAGGAGGUGAUCGCGUUAAUAAUGGCAGACAAUUUGUAGAUCAUCAACGGAACUCGAAUGAACGUUAUGGCGAGGAUCUACGUCAGAAGCACCAUGAUGGAAACCCAUGCAGUUCUAAUCCAAUUGUAGAAAAGCCAGUUCAUAGUACGGAAACACCGCAAACUUUAUCUGGCGUUGCCAGAGGGGGUAUGCGUGGUAAUCGGGCCAUUGCAGAAAUUGUUCGUACCCGUCCGAUAGAUACGACUAUAACCAAGCAAGGUACGAGUGGAAGACAAAUAAUGCUUCAAACCAACUAUUUCCGAGUGGCCAGAAAAGACGAUGAAUGUAUUUUCCAGUACCGAGUGGACUUCAAUCCACCUGUUGAAAGCAGCAGGUUGUUGAGAAGUCUGGUGUAUGGACUGAAACCAACGAUCGGCGGAUAUAUUUUCGACGGAACACAGCUUUUCACGCGCCACAAACUUCGCAGUGAUGAGGUGGAAAUCACAACGAAAGAUUCCACUUCAGAUCAGGAAUACAUUAUCAAAUUGAGACGUGUUGGUGUAAUUGACGGAACUAACGAAACGGCACUGAUGAUAUACAAUCUGAUUAAUCGCAAGGCAAUGGGUGGAUUAAAUUUGCAACUGAUUGGACGAAACUUUUUCGAUCCAGCAGCAAAAGUAACAGUGAGCCAGUAUGGCAUUGAAUUGUAUCCCGGUUAUGUAACAAGCAUCAGACAACAUGAGAAUGAUGUUCUGAUGUGUGCAGAAUUGACGCAUCGAGUUAUGCGAACAGAUACGUGCUAUACGCUAAUGAAGCAAUGCAUGAACCAUGGAGGCAAUUGGAAGGAUAAUUUCAAACGAAUGAUACUAGGGUCCGUUGUGAUGGCCACAUAUGGCAGUAAUCGGACCUACACAAUCAAUGAUGUCGAGUAUAGCACUACAGCAGAGAGUUCCUUUCAGACGUCGAACGGACAAAUCUCUUUUGUGCAGUAUUUCCGCGAACGCUACAACAUCAUCAUUAGAGAUCCAAGGCAGCCCAUGUUGGUUUCUCGGUCAAAAUCCAGAGAUAUAAGAGCCGGCUUGCCUGAACUUAUCUAUCUGGUACCAGAAUUAGUACGUGCAACCGGUAUUACCGACGAAAUGCGACGAAACUUCAACUUGAUGCGCACCUUAGCGGAUCACACCCGUCUGACGCCGGAUAAGCGAAUCGAACGCCUGGAAGUAUUCAACCGGCGUUUGCAGGAUUCCAAAGAAAGCACCGAAAUCUUUCAAUUCUGGAAAACAGAACUUGAUCGUCGUUUGGUCGAAGUCCCGGCACGAGUUCUUCAACCGGAAACAAUUUUCUUCCAUCCGGAGCAACCAAAUUAUGCGGUUGCUGCUGGGGAAAUGGCCGAAUGGCAAAUGGCUUUCCGCAACAACCCCAUGUACCACUCAGUUGCACUCACGAAGUGGUUCGCAGUCGUUCCAAAGGGAUCGGAACGUUUGAUAACCGAUUUCAUGCAAUGCCUUCGACAAGCGGCACGUGGUAUGCGUUUCCAGAUUGAGGAUCCCCAACUCAUCGUCAUUCCCAACGAUUCACCGGCGGUCUACAUCGACAGUCUGAAUUCGAUCGUUCAGCGGGACCCACAAAUGAUCAUGUGCGUGGUUACGAACGAUAAGGCUGAUCGAUACGCUGCCAUCAAGAAAAAGUGCUGCGUUGAUCGCGCUGUUGCAACACAGGUUAUUAAAACUCGAACGAUCACACCAAAAGGUGGUAAUGUACGAACGUUGAUGUCCGUCGCAACGAAAGUUGCAAUCCAAGUGAACUGCAAGCUUGGUGGUAUUCCUUGGAUCCUGAAGAAUCCUCUGAGCUCUAUUAUGGUAAUUGGAUUUGACGUUUGCCAUGAUACCCGAGAUAAGUCCAAAUCAUACGGAGCACUAGUGGCGUCGAUGUAUGGGGCGGGAUGUCGACAUCCGAAGUAUUUCUCCACAGUUAACCACCAUUCAAAUGGAGAGGAACUUUCGAACUUUAUGGCUCAAAACAUAAUCAAAGCUGUGCAUUCGUAUCGCGCGGAUUUCGGAAAUGCGCUACCCGAACGCAUCAUUGUGUAUCGCGACGGAGUCGGCGAAGGACAACUCAAAUACGUCUACGAUCAUGAAGUGAAUGCGAUCAAGGAGAAACUCCUUCUAGCAUGUAAGGAAAGGCGAGAAGCGGCAAGAUUAACAUUUUUCGUAGUUAACAAACGAAUCAACACUAGACUGUUCCAUCAGAAGCGGAAUCCCGUGCCGGGUACGAUCGUGGAUGACGUUAUAACCCUACCCGAAAGGAACGACUUCUACCUCGUUUCACAAAGCGUCCGGCAAGGUACGGUUUCGCCCACAAGCUACAACAUACUCAAGGACGAGUCCGGUUUGAAUGCUGACAAGCUACAGUUGUAUACCUUCAAGCAGACGCACAUGUACUACAACUGGUCCGGAACGGUUGGCGUACCUGCGGUUUGCCAAUACGCACACAAGUUGGCAGCAUUGGCCGGGCAGCACUUGCAUCAAGCUCCCAAUAGUUUGUUGGAGAAAAAAUUGUAUUAUUUGUAAAUUUUGCAUAUUAUCACAUGUAUUUCACACGAAUAAGUAAAAACAAAUAUAUAAAACUAAAAUUCUAUAAAUUAUGUGUAAAAGAAAUUUGUUAUCCACACUGCCCAUGUUCGCAUAGUCGACGUUAGCGCCAAUAUGAUCAAAAUGCAUCAAAAUAAUAAUAAAAGCACUCAUACCAAAGUGAAUUAAAGGUACUAAUUAGGGAGAGAUCCCCCAGUACCGGACACUUAAGCCACUAAGUUCAUAAUUCGAAAAAUAUUAGUUUUAUGUGCUCGUG